AUGUCGGUUCAUUUUGGCCAGGUGCUAGGAUUUGGGGCUCCUGUGGACGCGAAAAAGGAAACGAAGCUCGAGCUCACGGAACUCCAAAAAAGAAGGGCUGCCAGACGCACGAAUGCCGCGUUAUCCAAUGGCCCGUCCUCUGGCGUUGGAUCUCUGUUCCCGACCGCGAGCCUCACGUCGUCGCUGUCUGCAGGCUUCAACUCGUCGCAGCUGAUGAAAUACCAGCCGUCCAGCGAGAAAUCGCUUCCGCUUCUCUCCUCGACCGCCCCAUUGAGUCUCGUGGACCAGUGCAUACACAUAGCAAUCGAGAAAGACAACACCACCCCGGCAUUGAGCGAGGUUCUCACCAAAUACGCAAUCGACAGCUACAACUAUAAGACCAACGGCUCGCUCGGGCCGUUUUCGCGGUUUGAGAAGUCAAACAUUUACAACAUCCCAGACCAGAUCUUCCAGGAGUACAACAGCUUGGACUGCAUCACCAACAUGGGUAUUUUGACGGAACUGCAACGCGCCUGGUUGACGAUCGACAACAAGCUGAUUAUAUGGAACUACAGGGCAGGCUCGCAUGAUCCGGACUAUUUCACAAUCGACGAGCUGAAGAACACCAUUCUCACAGUAAAGUUGGUCAAGCCCAAACCAAAGGUUUUCGUGGACAGCGUCAACUAUUUGCUGAUUGUUGCCACUUCCAUGGACAUUCAUAUUCUGGCUGUCGAGUACACGCCGUCGAGUUUGGUGAUAUCCGACACCAAGAUGAGUGUGCCUGCCCACGGCCUCGUGGUGAACAAGAUCGUUUCCUUUGACCAGACGAACGACAUUUUCUUCACCGGAAUUGGAGACGGCGAAAACGUGUGGCGGCUGACGUACUCCAAUACCGACGAAUGGUUCCAGCGCAAUUGCUACAAGGAGUGUCUCACUAAGUCGGGUCUCUCGUCUGUCGUGCCCAAAUAUAACGUUUUCCAAAAACUCCCGGGACUGCGAGGCCAGGAGAACGACCCUAAAACAGAAACCAUCGUCCAGCUUGAGAUUGACUCCACCAGAAAAAUUUUGUAUACACUGUCGUCAAAGUCAACCAUCAGGGCUUAUAGACUGAAAAUCACAGACGGGAAAGUCGAGCUGGGCGCAAGUGUCGUGAAGAGACCAUACAACAUCCUCAAAGACCUGGCUACCACCACUUUCAACCUUCAGUCGUCCUUGCUGAAGAAAGACGGGUUCAAAAUCGUGAACAUCUUUCCGAUCACAAAAAGCGAGAGCGACAAUUUGUUUCUGGUCGCUGUGACCAACACCGGUUGCAGACUGUACGUUAAUGGAAGCACGAUAUACGAGAGACUGGCUUUCACCACCAGCUAUGUGAAAUUCCCGCCUCCAGACGCCAGCUUCCAUGAAAAGCUGGAAUCGCUGCAAGCUCAACAGUUGCACGACCAGAACUUUGUGUCGACCGGAAUCAAAUCAGAAGGUACAAAGUCAAUCACCAAGAACCCAGUAUUGAACGAGAUCACCCCUCAGGAUCUCAAGGCUGCGCAAGAAAACUCCAAACUUUUGAGCAACAUCAAGGAGUCGCUGAUAGUCUCGCCAGGUAUAUUUUUCUGCUAUAGUGAGGACCAUCUUUACAGCUCUGUUCCAGACUACGGUAUUCUCAAAAACUCACUGCAAUAUGUUGAGGACUUUGAGGAACUCGAUAGAGUCCAGUCAAUUCAUUCCAUCGUGCCGAUCACCCCAAGCUUCCAUGCCACAAAUACUCCAAAAGGUUAUUGCAACCAGUUUGCAUCUCAAUACUUGGCGCCUCCAUUGGAAGUUGCGGCUCUUACUUCCACCGGCAUUCACGUUUACCGUUACAGAACUCCGGACAUGAUACUAGAAGACUCCCUUAAUGACAAAACAUUCAACGAGUUUGCCAGAAAAUACGGUUCUCGCGAGGCAUGCUCCACUGCAUUGUACUUGGCAUGCAAGUAUCGACAGGGAGACAAUUUCAGAAACAUGGCCACGAAGUUUUAUAUUUCAGGUGGUAAGAAUUCCAGCCUCAACAAAAAUCUACCAGCAAUUGUUGACAACGUGGAACUAAGCGAUAGGUUUUAUGCUGUUAUACUGUUGCUUUCGAGAUUGGUUAGAGAAUUCUGGGACAAAGAAAUAUUUCAGCUUGACCCGAACGUGAAAUUCAACAGGAACGGUUAUAUCGACGAGGAGUCGCUUAAAAAAUUGAAAAAUGAAAAAGUGCUACUCGCGGGACUCAGCAUAACCAAACAAGAGCUCGAAUACUUUCUGUGCUCGCUCAUCAUUAUACUGAACUUUUUCGAGGAGAACAAAAAGACAAUUCCAGGAUUGCUCGGACCUUUGUACGAAACAGGUACGAAUAGCAAAGAAACUGAGCUUUGUCUGCAGGCAGAGAAUAUUGGAUUCAAUGCUAUACUCAAAUUUCUUGGAAGUGUGAAAGAAGGGCUUUCAUUUCUGGCGAUCCUUUACGAUGACGAGAAUACCGGUAAGAAUUUUGCAGACGUGAUGAGCUAUCUCACUCUCCAAAGCCAGGCCGAUCUCAGCUGCCUGACAUUUUGCGAAUUUUUCAGCUCCAAUGACCAAGCCACAUCCAAACUGGUUAAGGAGAUCCUUUCCUCUGUGAUCAACAAGAGCAUUGCUACUGGCGACUCGGUCGAGCUUGUUGCUACCACCCUGCAAGAAAAGUGCGGUUCCUUCUGUUCAACUGGAGAUGUUCUGAUAUUCAAGGCCAUAGAGAGUUUGAAAAAGGCCAAAGACUUUGCAUCCUCUAACGACAACGAGAACAAAAUGAAGCAUCUAAAAGCCGCUACACAGUUGCUAAGUCAAACAAGCGACGCGUUGACUUUCGAAACAAUAAAUGAUCUUGUUGGUGUCAUGCUUCAGCUCGAUUACUUCACUGGAGCAAUUGAGCUGCUCCUCACGAUUGCUUCUGCUACUGAUCCAACGAAUAUUGCACUGAAGUAUGAUCUCGACGGCCAGGUUUCGGUUAUGGCGGACGAUCCUAAGAAAUUGGCGUUUGAAAAGAGAGUCAAGCUUUAUGAGCUCAUUUUCAAGAUUCUGAUUGAUGUCGACGAGAAGGCCAUUGUCAGCUUGGAGCAGGCAGCUAACAACACCAGCUUCACGGACGCCAAGGCGCCGAUUUCGUAUUUUGGAUCUGAUGGGCAGCUAAUGACGCACUACUCCGAGCUGAGAGACCAAAGCUACGAGAUCUGCCUGAAAAGCCAGGAUAAACUGUUCCACUACGAGUUUUACAAGUGGCUGGUCAAGAUCGGCGUUGGUGAGCGCUUACUAGACCUGGAGACGUCAUUUGUUCUGGACUUUUUGAAAGAUUACUCCACCAAGGAUAUGGAAAUGGCAAAACUUCUGUGGAUCUACUAUUCUCGGAGAGAAAACUAUUUCCAGGCGGCCAAAGUGCUUCUGGAUCUGUCCAUCUCCAAGUUUGAUAUCGAUCUGGCAAACAGAAUCCAGUUUUUGUCGCGAGCCAAUGGAUUCUGCAAUUGUGUGUGUCCACCAGACUUGAGACAAGAAAUGACGUUCCUUUCUGUGACCAUUGGAGAUCUGCUUGCUGUGGCCAACUUGCAAGAUGAGCUUCUCCUGACCAUUCUCGACGACGAACGUGUUAGCGAUCUGGCCAAGCAGGUGGCUGUCAGAAAGCUGAAUGGGAGGGUGCUGCCGAUCAGUGACUUGUACAACAACUUCAUCGACCCUCUUGGAUAUUACACGUUAGCCCUAGUGACGUUUAAGAUAUCAGACCAUCGUAACUCAGAGGAUAUUCUUUCCCAAUGGGAGAAUCUUCUGAGCAAAUGGUAUUACAAAAAUAAGGACUCCGGAGAGCCGUUUUUCUCCGAGAUCAACAACGAGUUCAUAGCUGUGGCCUCUCGAGUCUCCGACACCGAGGUUUUGUUUCCGAUCGUGGAGCUGUUCCAGCUGCUGGCAAAGUAUUUCUACUCGUCGGAGUAUUGUCCGAAACAGCUCACGCCGCCUACAGGAGUUCUAGUUGACGCCUUCAUUCGCAGUGGAGUCUCGUAUGGAAAACUCUACUACAACCUGAGAGACCUGGUUGAGUCGACGACGUUCGAACUUUUCGAAGGCUACUCCAAAGUGCUCAAACAGGAAAUGUGCUACCUAAUCAAGGAGUGGUUCAAGAACGACAAGAAAUUGCGAGACGUUCUCUCUUCCGACUCCGUGAGAGACCUUUCUGACUACUCGGUCGACACCGAUCCUGUCUUUGCAUACAUCAAAUCAACGGGCAACCCGUUGUGA